UCGCAUUCUAUUACUACCGGGCAAUUUAGUGGUCAUUAGCCUCGAUUAUGGAUUUACCAAGAAGACGCAAACUGAAACUAUUACAAAUUGAAUGCUUGUGUCGCAUUUAACAUGGCUGGAAAAGUGAUUUUAUUUAUCAUUCUUUAUGAAAUCUCUUCUGCAAGAGCAGACUGUAACAGUAUACCAUCUAUAGAUAAUACGAAAAAUAAUGCAACCGGAAGUGGACCUUUUGCAGAUGGAACUGUCAUCAGGUUUGAUUGUGAGAUUGGUUUUAACCCAGCUGGAACAAGCCGUGAAUACCGGUGUUCUGGUACACAAUGGGUAGAUGGAAACCUAAGGUGUGAGGAGAUUUUUUGUUCACAUGUUGAAACACCAGAAAAUGGGAAGGUAGUCAAUGUUCCCACUUAUAGGGUGGGAACAACAAUACAGUUUGAAUGCAAUGAAGGUUAUGACAUGGUGGGAUCUAGCAAUAAAAUGCUGUGUCGAAUUGAUGGGAAUUGGCUGCCACUAGAACCACCAGUAUGUAAUAUUAAAAUGUGUGGCGAAUUUGGAUCAAUUCAGUUUGGUGAAACAUUUCAAGAUAAUAGUUAUAUUAUAAGAAAUGGGUAUGGAAGCAUUACUGAAGUAACAUGUGAUGAAGGCUAUAUUAUAAAAGGAUCUCCACAUGUAAAAUGUAGGGCAGAUGGAACUUGGGGCACAAAACCUACCUGCGAGUUAAGCACAUGCCCUCCUUACCCAGGCUUGAGCUCCUCAUGCAUAAGAGAUGCAAAUCCUUUUGGCCCUUACCUUUUCAUUAACUGUAGGGAUGAUGUGCCAGUGACCAAAACAGGACCUGCUCAGGCUGAAUGUAUCAGUGGUGCAUGGGAUUACUUAAACUUGGCUUGCUAUUGCCACUGUAAAGUUGAGGCUGAUUCGCAGACAAUGUCCUUGCAAAAUGUUGUAAAUGGCUACUUGGUGCAUGAUAAAACACUAGAAUGGAGCUGUAAGAACGGUUAUGAGAAAAAAAUGCCGGAUACAUUUCAUUGUUUUGAUGGAAAUUUGAUAAAGCCUGAAUGUAUUAUCAAAUACAAGCCUACAGUCAAACCACCAGUGUCAAACAGUCCAGGUUUACUUACAAUUUUAUUACCAGUUGCCGGUGCAGUAAUAUUAGUUGUAUCAGUGUUAAUAAUAUGUUAUUGUGUGCCGUACUGCAAGAAAAAUUGUUUUUGCAUUGGUAAUUCAGAUGGAAACUGUGAGUUAAACAAAAAUUGUAUUUUAUAUCGUUCUCUCUGUUUCAAAGAAAAAACGAAAUGUGUAAAAUGUGGAAAUGAGAAAGAAAAAUGCCAGUGUGUAAAAAUGGUGGAAGCUAAUGGUGAUGUGGAUGGUGAUGGGGAUGCUGUAUAAGUUUUUCUGCAUGUGAAUUAUCACAAAGGUGAAAUGCAGUAUCACAAAUUUGUACAAGAUUCUUUUAAGUUUGGAAUUUUAAGGUAAGACUAGAUGACUUGUGCAAAAAGGACAGAUGUGUGCAUGUAACUUUUAUGACUGUUCAUGCAAUAAGAGAGGUAUAAUAUGUAACUAUAAUACAUACUUAUUCCCUAUAAGUUAAGUAAUUGGCGUUCAAUAAACAGUAUAAAAGAGUCUGUGAGUCUGUGAACACAGUCCAUGCAAGUACGAAUACAUAAAAACCCCUUGUGUGUUCAAGUUAUAGAAAUACACCAUAUCAUAGCAGGGUUUGGUUUUAUUUCAUAUUUCAGCGAUAAAAUGAAAUAAAAAAUAAAAUUAAAAUAAAACCAGUAUCAGCAUCAGAGUGUCCGUAACUCACACCCUGCUGGAACCGAAAAGUGACUAACACUUGCCCCCAUUAUAGAGCCAGGCCAGCCUGUUCAUCUGUCUGACCAGACUAUACUGUUUGCCAAGCAACUUAAUAUUUUCAUCUUGAAAUUCCCCAAAUUUGAUGUGGACAGAUUCUAAAAAUAGAAGCUGGAUAUGUCCAGCAAGUCAAUGGUUAAGAAUACUGAUCAGCUUUUUUAAUUUAAAUAGUUUAAGAUAUUAAAAAAAAAUUGAAAUGAAGGUAGGAGUUAAAUACAUGUACUAACUCACAUAAGGAAAAAAUAUUAACUUACAUAAGAGAAUAAAUUUUUAAAAAAUGGAUUUUGGUAAUUGAGAUUUGGUUGCCAGGCAAAGAUACUAGUCAUGAAAAUUUAUUAUUUUAAUAAUGACGAAUGUGUACAAAGUGUGGAAGUAGCUGUUGUUAAAAGUUGUGUCAUCUGGAAAAUUACUGUUGAUAAUUUCUUUAUUCAUUUGAUUAGUUCCUUUAUUCAUUUUGAGUAAGGGAUUUUACAGUACAUUUUGAGGGUUGACUGCUGAACCAUUUAGUCCUUCUUUAACAAGGUUCAUACAGUCUUAAAAAGUGCUUAGAUUUGAGCCUCUUUACAAGUGCUUGAAAAUGUAAAAAAGUGCUUAAUUGAAUUGAUUACUCCCUUGAAAAGUGCAUAAAAAGUGCUUAAAUUUACUGCAAAUAUGCUUGAAAAUGAUUGAAUAGUUUACAAAAAACAAAACUAAAAAAAAACCAAAAAACAAUCAAUUUAGUACCAAAUUCAAUGAACAAUUACACUGAUUAAAUUUGCUGGUCAUACUAGAAUAAUUUAGUUGCACUUUACAUGAAAAUAUAUAUACAUGUAUUAAAAUAUCACAUAAUGUACAAUGUAUGUUAUUUAGCAGAAAGAAUAAAGUACCAGAUGUUUUAUGACUGUUUUAAAGUUUCAUUUGUAACUGUUUUAAAGUUUCAUUUGUAACUGGUUUAAAGUUUCAUUUGUAACUGUUUUAAAGUUUCAUUUGUAACUGGUUUCAUUUGUUACUGUUUUAAAGUUUCAUUUGUAACUGAUUCAAAGUUUCAUUUGUAACUGUUUUAAAGUUUCAUUUGUAACUGUUUUAAAGUUUCAUUUGUAACUGGUUUCAUUUGUUACUGUUUUAAAGUUUCAUUUGUAACUGUUUCAAAGUUUCAUUUGUAACUGUUUCAAAGUUUCAUUUGUAACUGUUUUAAAGUUUCAUUUGUAACCGAUGAUUAAGAAACUUUAAAACAGUCAUGUUUGAUAAAUGGGAAAAUGUGAUUAAAAAGUGCUUGAAUGUGAGCAUUGGAUGUCUGUACGAACCCUGUUUAUUUUUAGCUCACCUGAGCAUAUGCUCAGGGUGAGCUAUUAGGAUCACUCUUCGUCCGUCGUCUGUCGUACAUCGUCCGUCGUCCGUUGUCUGUUCACACUUUUAAAACGAUAUCUCCUCUGAAACCAUAAGGCAGAUCUUAAUGAAACUUUACAGGGAUGUUCCUUGUGUGAAGCCUUAACAAAGUUGUUCAAAGAAUUCCAUUCCAUGCAGAACUCUGGUUGCCAUGGCAACCAAAAGAAAAAACUUUAAAUAUCUUCUUCUAAAAAACCCAAAGAGCUAGAGCUUAGAUAUUUAGCAUGAAACAUCUUCUAGUGAGUGUCUACCAAGUUUGUUCAAAUAAAAGCCCUGGGGUCAAAAUUCGCCCCGCCCCAUGGGGUCAUUGAUUUUCCCUAUAUGCAUAUAGUAAAAACUUAAAAAAUCUUCUUUUAAAGAACCCAAAGAGCUAGAGCUAAGAUAUUUGGCAUGAAACAUGUUCUAAUGGGUGUCUACAAAGUUUGUUCAAAUAAAAGCCCUAGGGUCAAAAUUGGACCUGCCCCGGGGGUCAUUGAUUUUCCUUAUAUGUGUAUAGUAAAAACUUAAAAAAUCUUCUUUGAAAAAACCCAAAUAGCUAGAGUUUAGAUAUUAAGCAUGAAACAUCUUCUAGUGAGUGUCUACCAAGUUUGAUCAAAUAAAAUCCCUGGGGUCAAAAUUUGCCCCGCCCCAGGGGGUCUUUGAUUUUCCCUAUAUGCAGAUAGUAAAAACUUAAAAAUCUUCUUUUAAAGAACCCAAAGAGAUAGAGCUAAGAUAUUUAGCAUGAAACAUCUUCUAAUGAGUGUCUACCAAGUUUGUUCAAAUUAAAGCCCUGGGGUCAAAAUUGGCCCCGCCCCAGGGGGUCAUUGAUUUUCCCUAUAUGCAUAUAGUAAAAACUUAAAAAAUCUUCUUUUAAAGAACUCAAAGAGCUAGAGCUAAGAUCUUUAGCAUGAAACAUGUUCUAAUGGGUGUCUACCAAGUUUGUUCAAAUAAAAGUCCUGGGGUCAAAAUUGGCCCCGCCCCGUGGGUCAUUGAUUUUCCUUAUAUGUGUAUAGCAAAAACUUGAAAAAUCUUCUUUGAAAAAAAACCAAAUAGCUAGAGCUUAGAUAUCAAGCAUGAAACAUCUUCUAGUGAGUGCCUACCAAGUUUGUUCAAAUAAAAGCCCUGGGGUCAAAAUUCGCCCCGCCCCAGGAGGUCAUUGAUUUUCCCUAUAUGCAUAUAGUAAAAACUUAAAAAAAUUUCUUUUAAAGAAUGCAAAGAGCUAGAGCUAAGAUAUUUAGCAUGAAACAUGUUCUAAUGGAUGUCUACCAAGUUCGUUCAAAUAAGAGCCCUUGGGUCAAAAUUGGCCCCGCCCCGGGGGUCAUUCAUUUUCCUUAUAUGUUUUUAACAAAAACUUAAAAGAUCUUUUUUGAAAAAAAACAAAACAAAUAGCUACAGUUUAGAUACUAAGCAUGAACCAUCUUCUAGUGAGUGUCUACCAAGUUUGUUCAAAUAAAAGCCCUGGGGUCAAAAUUGGCCCCACCCCGGGGGUCAUUCAUUUUCCUUAUAUGUGUAUGACAAAAACUUUAAAAUCUUCUUUGAAAAAACUCAAAUAGCUAGAGUUUAGAAAUUAAGCACGAAGCAUCUUCUAGUGAGUGUCUACAAAGUUUGUUUAAAUAAGUCCUGGGGUCAAAAUUGGCCCCAGCCCGGGGGUCAUUGAUUUUCCUUAUAUGUGUUUGACAAAAACUUUAAAAUCUUCUUUGAAAAAACUCAAAUAGCUAGAGUUUAGAUAUUAAGCAUGAAACAUGUUCUAGUGAGUGUCUACCAAGUUUGUUCAAAUAAAAGCCCUGGGGUCAAAAUUUGCCCCGCCCCAGGGGGUCAUUGAUUUUCCCUAUAUGCAUAUAGUAAAAACUUAAAAAAAAUUCUUUUAAAGAAUGCAAGAGCUAGAGCUAAGAUAUUUAGCAUGAAGCAUGUUCUAAUGGAUGUCUACCAAGUUUGUUCAAAUAAGAGCCCUUGGGUCAAAAUUGGCCCCACCCCGGGGUCAUUCAUUUUCCUUAUAUGUUUUUAACAAAAACUUAAAAGAUCUUUUUUGAAAAAAAAAACAAAUAGCUACAGUUUAGAUACUAAGCAUGAAACAUCUUCUAGUGAGUGUCUACCAAGUUUGUUCAAAUAAAAGUCCUGGGGUCAAAAUUGGCCCCACCCCGGGGGUCAUUCAUUUUCCUUAUAUGUGUAUGACAAAAACUUUAAAAUCUUCUUUGAAAAAACUCAAAUAGCUAGAGUUUAGAUAUUAAGCACGAAGCAUCUUCUAGUGAGUGUCUACAAAGUUUGUUUAAAUAAAAGCCCUGGGGUCAAAAUUGGCCCCGUCACAGGGGACAUUGAUUUUCCUUAUACGUGUAUAGCAAAAACUUAAAAAUCUUCUUUGAAAAAACCUUAAUAGCUAGAGUUCAGAUAUUAAGCAUGAAACAUUGUCUAGUAAGUGUCUACAAUGAUUGUUCAAAUAAAAUCCCUGGGGUCAAAACUGGCCCUGCCCCAGGUGUGUCAUUGUUUUUAACUAUAUGUGUAAAGCAAAAAACUUGAAAAAAAUCUUCUUUAAAAAAACCCAACAAGCUAGACCGUAGAUGUUUAGCAUGAAACAUCUUCAAAUGGGUGUCUACCAAGUUUGUUGAAAUAAAAGCCCUGGGGUUUAAACUGGCCCUGCUCCAGGGGCCUAUAUACAGGUGAGCGACUUUAGGGCCAUCAUGGCCCUCUUGUAUAUACAUUACUGCAGUUUUGCAGUCGACCCUCAAUGAAGUUGAUAUUUUAAAUAUAAAAGAUACAUUGUUAUACAUUGUAUAAUGUAUAAAUGAAAGAACUUUUAAUUGUGCUAUGUGUAUAUUCCUUGCUUUACUCUCCUAGAAAAAAGACCUGAAUGGUAUUGUUACUUUGUUUACAUUUAAAUGUUUUACAAUUUACAAAUAUUUUUGAGAAAAAAGAUAAAGACAAUUGAAGUUUAUUCAUAAAAAGGCUUUUCUUUUGCAUUGCCUGCUUUUGUCAGUGAUACAUUUUUAAAAGGGAAGAAAAUAGUCUGACCUUUGAAAGCAUAAUCAUAAUUUCUUUUUUUUUCAAUAGAUCAAAGAAACGAUAAAAACUUAAAAGGGAGGGCAUUCCACAAAAUGAAACAGUAAUUUCUUUUUAUAUAUCACUGGUUUAUAUUUGAAAUAUUGGUUAUUAAAUAUGCCUUACUUUUGAAAGCGAUAUUUAUUCAUAAAUAAUAAUUGGUAGUAAAACUCUGAAUCAUGUUUCAUCAUAAAAUUAAAGAUUUGUAUUUGUAUUGACUAGGUUAAACAUGUUUUAUACACACAUAAUAAUUAUGUAUUCUUGUGUCUUAGUUUUGUACAUGUCACAUAACAUAGUAUAAAGUUUGAUUAUAUGUGUAAUAUUCAGUAUAUGUAUAAAUCAUGAAAAGAAAAUUAUUCAAGUAAGAUAUAAAUUAUUACAUGUGUUUAGAUGUUACAUGCAUUCUAAUAGUUAUGCUAUGUAAAACAUACCAAUUUGUCAUUUAAUAGUUAUUUUGGCAAAUAAGCAUCUGUAUCAAGCAAUACCUGUGCUAGUUACUGUAGAAAUAAAUUAGUGUGGUGUUCCUUUGUACACAUAAAAUGCCACUGUAAAUACUAGAAUAAAUCUUCAAAAAACUGUCAGAGAUUUUUUGACCUUUAACCUGCUGAAUUUAUGUAAUGGAUAAUUGGAUAUGUCCCGCUUUCAGUUUGGAACAGUCCAUUUUGAUCUCUUGCAGUACACUUUUCUUUUCCAAAUUCAAAGUUGAAGGAAUUUGUAAUGCAAAACCUAGUGAGAAAUGGGUCAAAUUACUAAUAAAAUGAUCAAUGCAUGUAAAUGUUGCAUAAACAUAAUGUCUUUGUCUACCUGUUUCUAUAAGACCCCAUCAAAAUAAUUGCCAAGUUACCAAAUAUUUACUGCAAAAUUGAUUCAGGCUCUUUAAGCAGACUUUCUUGACUUUUAUUCAAAACACAGAAGAAAAGUUCGCACACCUUCGAAAAUGUUUUUAAUCUGGUUACCAGUAAUUAAAUUUAUCUCCUGAAUCUAAAAUACAUGUAGCUCUGAAUACCCCCAUUGCUUUAUUUAUUUGUGCACUUGCAGGUUGUUUGAACCCAGUUAAUGUCUUAAUCUGACAUGAACAUACCGGUGGAAUUUUCUUAUUAAAAAUACCUUAAUCAGUGAAUUUUUAAAUUUUGUUCUCUAGGUAUAUCUUUAUAUCUUGUAAUAAAUUUCUUCAGUUGUGGAACAACAGUAGUGCUGUUUUCAAGGAAUUUGUGAAGGAUUUUAUGAUAAGAAACAUUAAAGGGUGCAUUUUGUAUAUUAUCUUUCAAGGAAUUUGUGAAGGAUUUUAUGAUAAGAAACAAGGGUGCAUUUUGUAUAUUAUCACGCCUGUAUUUGAUACAGGCAUUGUGUUAUUUUGUAAAUAAUAUUGCAAGUCUGUUUUUAUAGUUGUUGUUCUUUGUUAAAAAAGAAACAGUCAUUUUGACUAAAAAUUAAGUUUUCAUUGCACUUUCAUUUAAUUGUAUCUGAAGUCAGUUUCGAUAUAACUUAUAUCUGAUAAUCUCCACAGUUAUAAAAAAAAAGAAA